GAAAGCGAAUGGUUAGAUAUUCUUCAAGUACGAUAUUGGGGGUUCCAUUCACAUUUUCAUUUUUGAAGCAAGGCUUUAAAAAAUCGUACAGUGAUGCUGAGCAAGCUUUGAAAGGUGUUGAUUUUGUAUUACUUGGUACAGGUUCAACAUAUAUGUAUCCGGAGUGUAUAAUAAGAAAUAUUCCUGUGGCAUACAUUAUGUUUUAUCCUUACGCAAGCUCUAAAAAUUAUACAGGGGCAGUUUAUGGUCGAUCUUUCGAUUCUCUUCAUUAG